CCGCCGCCUCAGUGGGGGGAUGCUCCGCCUUGGCCGCGCUCUCAGGCCGCUCGGGGCGGGACCUGGUGCUCGGGCCUCCGCCCGGCUCCCUGCGGGCGCCGAGAUGCCGAAGAAAGCUGGUGCGACGAGCAAGGGGAAAAGCCAGAGCAAGGAGCCAGAGAAACCACUUCCUCCCUUAGGCCCCGUGGCGGUUGACCCCAAAGGUUGUGUCACCAUAGCCAUCCAUGCCAAACCGGGUUCUAAACAAAAUGCCGUCACAGAUGUGACAGCCGAAGCUGUAAGUGUGGCUAUUGCAGCACCUCCAUCGGAAGGAGAGGCCAACGCUGAGCUCUGUCGGUAUCUCUCCAAGGUCUUAGAACUCAGGAAGAGUGAUGUGGUUUUAGAUAAGGGCGGUAAAUCCCGUGAAAAAGUGGUAAAGCUUUUGGCCUCCACAACUCCACAAGAGGUCUUGGAGAAAUUGGAAAAGCAAGUUGAAAAAAAAUAAAAGUAAGAAAAAAAUACAUCCUUGAGAAACUUUUUUUUUUUUUUUUAUUGCUAAUGAUGAAGAGGCUGCUAAAUAGGAAAAUGCAGUUAAAUGCACAGAAAUAAAUGUAUUUAAAUAAGAA